AUGCCCGUCACCAACUUCACUCACCCUGAUCCAUACUCAUACCAAACCGGCUUUAACUCUCAUCACGAGACUGAAGCUAUUAAAGGAGCUCUGCCGAUCGGUCAUAACUCUCCCCAAAAAGCCCCAUAUGGGUUAUACGCUGAGAAACUCUCGGGAACCGCUUUCACAGCUCCACGCCAUGAGAAUAAGCAAACUUGGGUCUAUCGAUGUAUCCCCGCGGCAGCACAUGAGAACUUUGUAGCCGAGGAGCAUGAUACAUACCACACACGCAUGACAACUGAGACUCAUAAGCUGCACCAUAUCCCCAACCAGCUCCGAUGGAACCCAUUUGACUUGGAUGAGAAGGUCGACUGGGUGCAUGGCCUGCACUUGGUUGCAGGAGCCGGUGACCCAACUUUAAAGCAGGGAUUAGGUAUUUUACUCUAUGCUGCAGGCAAGGACAUGGGCAGGGAGGCCUUCUACUCAGCCGAUGGAGAUUUCCUCAUUGUACCACAACAUGGUGUAUUGGACAUUCAGACGGAAUUGGGCCGCAUUAUCCUGCGCCCAAAUGAGAUCUGCGUGAUUCCUCGUGGCAUCCGAUACCGGGUCACUCUCCCCGAUGGCCCUGUUCGAGGCUAUAUUUGCGAGCUGUACCAAGGUCACUAUCAGCUACCCGAACUAGGUCCCAUCGGCUCCAACUGUCUGGCCAAUGACCGUGACUUCCAAGCCCCAGUCGCAGCAUUCGACGACGAGGAUGAACCAACCGAAUACAAGCUCUACAGCAAGUUCGCCAACUCCCUGUACUCAGCUCGCCAGGACCACACACCAUUCGACAUCGUCGCCUGGCACGGGAACUACUUUCCCUACAAGUACGACUUGGGUCGCUUUAACACUAUUGGCUCGAUCUCGUUCGACCACCCCGACCCCUCGAUUUUCACUGUCCUUACUGGUCCGUCGGACCAUGUUGGCACAGCCAUUGCGGACUUUGUCAUCUUCCCGCCUCGCUGGUUGGUCCAGGAAAAUACCUUCCGUCCACCAUGGUAUCACCGUAACACCAUGUCUGAGUUUAUGGGCUUGAUUGCUGGUAACUAUGAUGCCAAGACUGGUGGUGGUUUCCAACCUGCUGGAGCUAGUUUGCACAAUGUGAUGAGUGCGCACGGUCCGGACGCCUCUGCCUUUGAAGGUGCUAGCAAUGCGGAGCUUAAGCCGACUAAGGUUGGAGACGGCAGUAUGGCAUUCAUGUUUGAGAGUGCUCUGAUGGUCGGUGUCUCUGAAUGGGGUCUGAAGACCUGCCAGAAGGUCCAGGAGGAGUACAAUGAUCACAGCUGGACACCAUUGAAGCGCCACUUUAAGAAUCCCAACAAGGCUUGA